AUGAACAGGAGGACAAGGGCAAAUUUUGAAAGGGCGAUUAUUGUCGUUAAUUUGGCCACACCAUGUUGGAGAUAUGCUAAAGUUCACGGUUCUCUAGCUCGUGCUGGUAAGGUUAAGUCUCAAACUCCAAAGGUUGAAAAAACUGAAAAACCAAAGAAACCAAAGGGUCGUGCUUACAAGAGAUUAUUGUACACCAGAAGAUUCGUUAACGUUACCUUGGUUAAUGGUAAGAGAAGAAUGAAUCCAGGUCCAUCCGUCCAAUAG